CAGUUCACUACAGGAUCACUCAGCAUUCAACAGUAGUCGGGAGUUUUCCUAGUUUUCCACGGCUGGAGUUUUCCUAGCAGAUUCUCAAAGAUUUAGGAACGAUUUUACUCUUCAAAGAUUUGAUUUUCUCUUGGAAUGACCGCGUCGUCAUGUCUCGUGAAGCUAUGGUGUGUAGCAACAACGAUGAGCCUCCUGUCAAGCUGCAGCGGUGAUGAGCUUCCUCUCAACAGCAGCCCGGGAGACGCAACAGCUGUUGAGACACAGCUGCAAGAGCUGCAUGAAAUCGAACAGCUGACUCCGAUCAUCAUUAAAUCGGUAGCCACUUCAGCUCAGGACAAACGCGAGCUAACAGCUGCCGAGCUGGCAGCUCAAGCUAUCAGGCUGGCCGAGAGCGGGAGGUUGACUCAAGGUCAAGCAUAUGUCGGCCAAGGUCAGAGUCAAGGAUAUGUGGCAAUAGGUCAAGGUCAAAGUCAGCCAGGGCAAGGUCAAUCGGGACAAAACCAGGGAUUCCCCACUUUGGUUGCAACAGGAGAAAAUAAUGGUCAAGUUGUGACGAGUAGCUAUGUACAGGGCUUCAACCAUGGCUAUGGUCACGGGGGUCAUGGUCAUGGGGGGUUACAUGGGGGUCAUGUAGGAGGUCACGGUGGUCAUGGAGGAGGUGGGGGUCAUGGAGGAGGUCAUGGAGGUCAUGGUGGAGGUCACGGUGGUCAUGGAGGAGGUGGAGGUCAUGGAGGAGGUCACGGAGGUCAUGGAGGAGGCCAUGGAGGUCACGGUGGAGGUGGUGGCGGUCACGGAGGAGGCGGAGGUCAUGGAGGAGGUCACGGUGGUCACGGAGGUCACGGAGGAGGAGGUGGAGGUCACCAUGUUCAUGGAAAGGCAACAUCAUAUCAAAGCUUUGUUCUCCACAGUUAUAAUCCUGUCAAGGUUUAUCUGAAGAAGGGUCACGGAGGUCAUGGAGGAGGCCACGGUGGAGGAGGUCACGGAGGAGGUCAUGGAGGUCACGGUGGAGGAGGUCAUGGAGUUCACGGUGGUCAUGGAGGAGGUGGAGGUCACGGGGGAGGUCACGACAUAAGCUCCAACCUGGAAGUCACAUAGAAGGACCAGACGGUAACAAAGGCAGCAAUCUCAUCUCAGGCCUUGAGGGAGCUUUCGAAUUAACCGGCAACACUGGACCACAAGAAGUCGGAAAUUUCGGAAAAGGACAGAACAUUAUCAACGGACACGGCGCCUAUUUCGGGCAGUUCAACCUCAAGGGCGGCAGCCAAUCCCAAAAAGGCAUUGAAUCCGGCGGGAAUUUCGUAGACCUCAAAGCCGGACCACAGAAGGGAAUUGAUGUCAGCAAUAAUUAUGCAGCAAUCAACGCGCAUGGUCAAAGGUUGCAAGUGCCUGGUCGCCUCAUCCACAGGGAUCACGCCGCAAAUCGCCUCAACUCGUUCCAUGAUAACGGUUAUCAACAUGCCGACUUUUUCAAAGAUAGUCACAUCAAUGGUAUCGAUACCUCCGAUAAAGAUCAAUAACAGUAGGUCUUUGUUACUCUAGUAGAUAAUUGAAACUUUAAAAGACUUCCAAUUUGCAU